CGAGGCGGCCCGCUAGCCCCGCUCUCCAGCGGGCUCUCGGUGGCCGUGGCGGAUCCGCAGGAUGGGGCACAAGAUGGCGGAAGAGGAGUUCCUCAACACAACCCAUGAAAGUCCUAAUAUAACCCUACAUACCACCCUGGCCAUCACUACCAAACUGGUGCUUCCAACUCCUGCCAAACCCAUCCUUCCGGUUCAGACUGGAGAACAGGCUCAGCAAGAGGAGCAAUCCAGUGGCAUGACUAUAUUCUUUAGUCUCCUUGUUUUAGCUAUUUGCAUCAUAUUGGUGCAUUUAUUGAUCAGAUACAGACUGCAUUUUCUGCCAGAGAGUGUUGCAGUUGUCUCUCUAGGUAUCCUCAUGGGAGCAGUUAUAAAAAUUAUAGAAUCUCAGAAGCUGGCAAAUUGGAAGGAAGAAGAAAUGUUUCGUCCAAAUAUGUUCUUUCUUCUCUUGCUUCCUCCUAUCAUAUUUGAAUCAGGAUAUUCCUUACACAAGGGUAAUUUCUUUCAGAAUAUCGGUUCCAUCACUCUGUUUGCUGUAUUUGGUACAGCAAUUUCAGCUUUUAUUGUAGGUGGAGGAAUAUAUUUUCUAGGUCAGGCUGAUGUAAUUUCUAAACUCAACAUGACAGACAGUUUUGCAUUUGGCUCCUUGAUAUCUGCUGUUGACCCAGUAGCUACUAUUGCUAUUUUCAAUGCACUUAAUGUGGAUCCAGUUCUUAACAUGUUAGUUUUUGGAGAAAGCAUUCUCAAUGAUGCAGUCUCUAUUGUUCUGACCAACACAGCUGAAGGCUUGACAAGAAAAAAUAUGUCCGAUGUCAGUGGGUGGCAGACUUUUCUACAGGCCCUUGGUUACUUCCUUAAGAUGUUCUUUGGCUCGGCUGCACUCGGCACUCUAACAGGGCUAAUUUCUGCACUAGUGUUAAAGCAUAUUGAUUUAAGGAAGACACCUUCUUUGGAGUUUGGAAUGAUGAUUAUCUUUGCAUAUCUUCCUUAUGGGCUUGCAGAAGGCAUCUCUCUCUCAGGUAUCAUGGCCAUCCUGUUCUCUGGUAUUGUGAUGUCUCAUUAUACACACCAUAACCUUUCCCCAGUUACACAGAUCCUAAUGCAGCAAACCCUACGAACUGUUGCCUUCAUGUGUGAAACAUGUGUGUUCGCAUUUCUUGGCCUGUCCAUUUUUAGUUUUCCUCACAAGUUUGAAAUUUCCUUUGUCAUCUGGUGCAUAGUACUUGUGCUGUUUGGCAGAGCUGUGAACAUUUUUCCAUUGUCUUAUCUCCUAAAUGUCUUCCGUGAUCAUAAAAUCACCCCAAAAAUGAUGUUUAUCAUGUGGUUUAGUGGUUUACGUGGAGCAAUUCCUUAUGCUCUGAGUCUUCAUUUGGACCUGGAACCUAUGGAGAAACGGCAGCUCAUUGGGACAACUACCAUAAUCAUUGUGCUCUUCACCAUCCUGCUACUUGGAGGAGGGACCAUGCCCCUUAUUAGACUGAUUGACAUCGAAGAUUCAAAAGCACGGAAAAGAAACAAGAAGGAUAUUAAUCUUAGUAAAACGGAAAAAAUGGGUAACACCAUUGAGUCUGAACAUCUUUCAGAACUCACAGAAGAAGAAUAUGAAGCCCAUUACAUCAAGCGCCAGGAUCUCAAGGGUUUUAUGUGGUUUGAUGCAAAAUAUCUGAAUCCUUUUCUCACCCGGAGGCUGACCCAAGAGGACUUGCAUCAUGGCCGAAUUCAGAUGAAAACUCUUACCAACAAAUGGUAUGAAGAAGUGCGACAGGGACCAUCUGGCUCAGAGGAUGAUGAGCAGGAGCUGCUCUAACGCAGAAGAGGCUCUAGGACAAUUACCAAUGAGAUCACCAUUGAGAUUUUUAGUCAUGUACAAGGUCUGAUGCUAAAAGCUGUAAGAAACCUUGAAGCUUAUGCCUCCCCGGAGGCAGCCCUGUAUGUAAGUAUGCUGCACAUACAGAUACUGUUAAGUAUGAUCUCCUCAGAUGAACUAGUUUUGUUUAUAAUUGCUGUGGUAUUUAAGAACAGCUAAGUGGCUUAAAAACAGCAAAUGAUGGAUUUUAACCUAGAAUUUCCCAGACCUCCAAACCAAGAUGGUUGCUUUGAAAUAUGUGUUCUUUCCCUCUUAUUUUCCUUUUUAGGUGUCUGCCAUAAAUGUACUUGCAUCAAUACUUACUUGUUUGACAACUCUACAAGAUAGAGCGAGUAGCACAUUCUCUGUAGAAUUUUUCUUUAUCGGUUCUCAGCUGGGAGCUGUCAUAGGUCAAGCUGUGAAUUGUGUGGUUUUUUGUAAAGAGGAAUCUGUCAUUUCUGACCCUGCACAUUAGAAGUGACCAGCAAACAGUGGUAGGACUAGGUAAUGGUGUGUGGAGAUGCCUUUUAAUCAGUCUCAGCCUUUCCUAGGCAAGUGUUUUCAUUGUACCUUCAGGAACAGGCUUGCUGAGUUGGCAGGCAGAAUCUUAAUAUGAGCAAACAUCCACAUGUGUAGGACUGGAAACCAGCUAUGUCUUGGACAGCCUCCCCCUCAAAACAACAACCACCAAACCCAUAACCACAAAAUACUAAGGUAUUCCAGUCCACAUAAAGAGCAGUUUUAUUGGAAAUGACAAAGCACAAACAUUACUUUUGAUGCCUAUUUUUUUUUCAGCACUCCAAAGAAAUAAAAAUUGAUGAUGUCUUUUUUGUUUAAUUUGUUGACACCAUGUGCAGAAUCUUAGGGUAACAGGCAGCUAGUUUCCCCAGGAAAUAUUGUGAAUGUUUACAUUUGAAUCCUUAGCCCAAUGCAAGUCCCAUUUCUUCAAAUGUGACUAGGAGGUGUGCCUCUCCUAAAGUACACUACUCAUAGUUGAAAUUCUAGUUCUUGCCUCUAAAGAGUGCCAAAUCUACAGAUUUAUAUUUGUUGACUAACAUCUAUGUCCAUCUGAUAGAUGUAUGCUUUUAAAAAGCAGAAAGAACCUUCCAGUCACCGUAUCGGAUUUCUGACCCAGGAGAUGUGCUAGAGGGCAGCUCCCUGGUCAUUUUGCCUGGUGUAGCCUCUGGCCACAGUGUUGUGGAAUUCACCACUUCUGUACCACAUUUCUCUUAAUUCCUCCUGUUCCUUCCUAUCCAAACUUCCCUGUCAUGUUCCUUAGCUCACCAAAGCACUCUUACCUGCCUUACCACCACCUGGCCUAGCCAGGCAACUGCAAAGCCUCUCCACUGUCAUGCCAUCAUUCUUGUUGCUAUUCCCACCAUCCCCUUUAACCAGCACAGCUGUCUUCAGUAGCACUUUUCUUACCUUAACCUAUUAUCUUCAUCAUCUGGUGAAUGAAAGUAACACCAAGAAUUACCCUGUUUCCCCUAGAAAAGCUCAUUUGAACAAUACAGAUCUCUACUUAAAUCCCAGAGUUACUGCUCUGAUAACCUUGAGAUCUCCUUAAGAAGAAGGACCUGAAAGUCUUUUCUAAGCUGUUGGGACAACUCUGUUCCCUUUUCUUCCUGCCACUUGUGUGGACAAUCAUGACUUGAACAAACAUCUGUCUACACAAACAGGUCCUGGGCAUUACCUCACUGCUUCUAGUUCCUCCACCCCAAUAUAGAUAUGCCCCAAUUCGUGCAAAAAGUAGUUCUCCUUAAAGUGACAAAGUAUUUAAAAUAUCUUUGAAAUCUGUGCAUUUCUACUUAUGGUUUCUGUACUCUUGAGGAAUAAAAAGAUGAGCAAUCCAUUUAAAAAAUGUGUAUUCAGUGGCGAGAAGCUGCACGGCAGAGUAGCUAAAGAGAUGGGCUUGGAGCUUAUGAAGACUCGGAUUCAAGUCCUUCCUCCGAUACAUAGCAGGUGUGUGAUCGUGGUAAGUUAUGGAACUACUUCGUGUCCACCUGGGGUCCCAGGCAGCUAACUCCCUAAGGUUAUAAAUUGUAGAUGAGUUGCCAGUCUGCGUUGUUGGAGGAGUUUCUACACUGGGAGCUCUUUUCACUGAUGAACUCUCAGGCCUGGACCCAUUCUCACCAAAUAAAAUGAAAUAUCAAACAAGGCUUCUGACUUUCACCACAGUAUUCUGAAUUUCAGGGGCAGGGACCCACUAAUCUCCUUUUACAUUACCCUCAACUCUGGAGUAGGGAGAAACAAAUCACAUCAGUUUGAAGUGAAAUUCACAAAGCCUCCUAUAGACUGGCCUGGCGCUCACCUCAUUUUACAAGCCUUACUUAGUCGGCUUAAGCACAAUUUAAUUUUGUUCAGCUUUUUAGGAAAAAAGACAUUUGUCACAAAUGAGAUGACUUGUUCAUAUUGAUGUCCUUUACUCAGUCAGGGUAGCAUGCAAAAUGAAGGGCAGGCAGACUCAACCUCUUGGCUGAUUAAGGAUAGAUAAUUCUUCCUUUCUUGAACACUAUAUUGGGAGGAGACAACGAUGACCAUCAAAUACUACUGGGAGAAGUUAGACCUGGCACUCAACACUGUCGAAUUUAUUGUCUAACCAGGAUACGCUUUUUAUAUCUUUCUCUUCUUGUGUGACUGAAAAGUGAAAUUGUACUCUUUGGAACAAACCCUUACCUUUCCUUUUUUCUUGUUUUGAGGAGAUAGAUUUACUUUCCUACACAAAAUUACCCCAAGUAUCCCAGCAUCAUGCUUCAACUUUUAUGUUCAUGGUAAAAUAUCUGAGGCACAGGAGGUAAGAAGGUUUGUGCAAACAAGGAAGACGAUCAUGUAGAAGACUAAAAUCCCAUCAUAUUGGCAUUUUCCUGCUGUUUGACAAUGAGACGAAUCAGUAAAUAAUUACUUUGCGUAUUGCCUUUUGCAAAUCAAUACUGUCUUCACUACUGUAGAAUUUGAAUCUAUGAGAAAUGGUAUAUGUGAUGUUCUCAGAGCAAUGUCUGGGGACCCUGAACGAUAAGUUCUAAUAGUAAUGCUGGUUGACAUUUAUAUAAUGCUUAGAAGAUGGCAAAGUGCUUUACGUACAUUACCUUACUUGAGUCUCACCACAUCCUGCAAAGCAAGGUAUUUACUAGUGGUAGCUAUUGUUCUUCUACAGAUGAGGAAACUAAAGCUCAGAGAGGUUCUACAUGUGACUGGCCUAUGGUCACACAGCUCACAAGUAUCAGAUUCAAACCCAGGGCUUCCAAGUCGAGCCAUCCAUCCACUAUACCAAAUGCCUCUCUUUAACUAUGGUCCAUAAUAGAAGGGUCGUAACAAUCAGAGAUCCUGGUCCCUAAAGCACUUUUCCUCCACCUCCAACCAUGGACAAUGUCAAGUAAGGUACAUCCCUCAAACCUUCUGGUUCUGACUUGUCAUUUAAAUUUUCUCCCAGAAUUUAGCUGAUUUUGAAAGCUUACCAAUAUUAUUGAUUAUUUGAAGUUUAUGGGUAAUAGCAACAUUUGAGAACAAACAAAGAUUUGGUUGCUCCAGUGAUUAUGAUCAGAACUACCCACAUAUCAAGAGAUAGCAAUGUCUCCAUUCUAAUCCUGCUUCAAUUACCAGGACUCUAUUCCUUAACUAACCCAUUCUGUCUUUCCUUUCUGGUUUGUGAAAUGGAAAUUAUACUGGAGCAAAUUCAUGUACAUAAAGCCUUAUGGAGAGGCUAUUUUUUGCCUCUUUUUGUUUGUUUAUUAAGAGGUAGGCUUUGUUAAAAGCUAAGAUUAUGCCUGUAUGUAACACCAGUGGAGCUUUCUUGCCCUCUGCUGGAGGAAUGCAGAUUUAGCGCAAUUGUGAACAGCACUUGGCAUGGAGUUUAAGCAAUGAGUUAUUUGAAGCAAAUGUCUUUUCUACAUAUAUAAAAAGAAACAGUGACAAAUUUUGGGUGGAUUUUUAAAAAAUGAUAUUUCUGUAGAACCAAAAAUAUGCAGAAAGCAAUUCUCUUGAGGAGAUUAAUGCAUUGGAAAUGUUAAAAUAUGCAUUUGAACAUAACUUAUUUCCUAAUUGAUUUAUUUAUAUUUCGUGCACUGCUAGUAGGAUAGCCAUGAAAUAGAAGAUUAAACAUUUUUUAAGGGACUGAGAGAAGUUAAAAAUUGAAAAGCCCUUUUUCAUAGGAUUUUCAGAACUAGAUCAUCUUUCUUACCACUUCAUUUACAGAGGAGGAAUUAAGGCCCACAGAAGGGAAAUAACUUAAGCAAGUAAUGUUAGCCACAUAAGUAGGAAAAUGUCACUUAUAAAUAAUGUUAAUAGAGUGUUAUGCAAGACCAGAUCACUAUUGGCCAGCCCUCAAUAUAGAAAACUGCUAACUGGAUUUUUUUUUUUUAAAACCGAUGACUAAUGCCAGUUUCUUGAAUCUAGUGGCCUAUACUUUUGAGUUGAGUGACAUCACUCAGAAAUGGGAAAAAGCACCAAUGUAACAAUUUGUAUAAAGCAUGAAGAGGAACUGGAAAAAUAAUAUCCUCUUCCUUGAGCUUAUGAUGUGAUGGUGAAUGGAGGUUUAGGUUAAGUGAGGCUUUCCCCAGUUUUGGCCUAUGCUUUCUCCUUUUUGCCAACUGCGGCUUUCCAGAGAGAAGUGGAAAGGAAGUCAGCCCUUCACCCCAGCCUUGUAUACAUCAGUUGCUGUUGGCCUUGUCUGAUAGCCGCCUGCAAAGCUGCUUCAGUAGUAGAUUUCAUUUCACAGGGGUGCCAGCCUGGGUCAGACAUGGUCCAUCUUCCAUUUUCACAUAGAAAGGUUGAUGACAAGACCCAGGAGGUAACAGCAAAAAAAAAAUGCAGCCAAUUAGUUAUCGCCUUUGAGGUACAUCUCACAAAACUGAAUUCAACAAAGAAACAACAUUGAACAGCCAUUUGUUAAAAACUUGCUUUGUACAGAGCAUCACACUUGGUGCUAGGGAAGGAUGUAGUUUGGAUAAGUUGUCCUGGCCCUCAUGAAGCUUACAGUCUAGUAAGGCAGUAAGAUCAAGAUGGGUAGCUGUAAAAAAAAUGCAUGCGAUGUCGAAUUCCUUCCUGUAUUAUUUUACAUGCAAAGAAAUGUGCACUUUAGCGUCCCUGCCCUCUUGGGCACUGAGGGCAAUGCUCUGAUGAUGGGGGAGGGCCUGACCACCUUGCUGCCAUCUGCAUAUUUGGGUUGGUUUUUUGCUGAUACCAAAGUAAUUUUAACAGCUCCACAUGACAGCUUUUGCAAAGUUUUCAUUGUUGUACUUCAUGCCCAGGGCUGAUAGAUUCCCCUGAGGUUUGAUUAUUAUUUUUUUUUAGUCCUUUGCUUUCUAAGUGUGCAAGGGAGGGGAGGUUGGUUUGCUUUUUAAUCCUGUAAGGCAUUUUAAACAAGGAUGUGGAAACAAGUAAAAGUUAUGGGUUUUUUCUUCAUAUUUUUCCUCCCACCCUCCAAAUGAGUAAGCUGUGAUGGGUUUUCUUUGUUGUUAGUAACUUAUUUCUGUAAAACUGUGAGUCUGUUUUAUUGCUGAUUUGUGAUACAGGGAUUGAAAUGGGAGGAAAGUUGAAUAAAUAUAUAUGUUGGGUAGCCUCUAUGUUGGAAUUUUUCCAUGCCUAAAUCUAGGCAUGUUGUAUUGCAGAAACAUAUAGGAAAUAAUGGUGUAGGAGCCUGGUUAUUUAUUUUGCAGUAAAAAUGAAUGUUGGCAAAUUCUAAGGCACAUUACUGGAUUCUAAAGCACAGGUGAUUUUGCAAAUCAUUGGCCAAGCAUUUACAAAUCUUUGUUAUCCAGAGACUCAGACAUUCCCCAUUUGGAUUCUGCAACUUUGGUACUUCUUUGUUAAUUUCUACAGUGACAUGCCAGUGGAGACCACAGAGAGCCACAACAGCCAUGAGCUAAUGUAAAUUAACCCUCACAUGUAGCAUGUUAACAUUUAUAUAUAACUUUAAGGUUUAUAAAAUGUCUCCCACCCACCUCCCAGCUCUCCCUUCCUAUGGCCGAAAGCUAGCUAGUUAACUUGGGUGUUUAUUGUCUGGAUUUAUUUCUCAAAGACCAAGCCUUAAACCCAGUU